AUGAGCCUCGUGCAGGCUAUGGGCAUGCACUGCAGGGCAGUUACAACAAUACGGAACCAGUCGAAGACACACAACGAAGAUAUAGACGUGGCCGCGCGGACGACACAGGCGUCAAUACAGCACGACGCGGACAUGGAUCAUGAUUUGCCCCCGACCGAGGAUGAGGUGGCGAUGGCAGUAGCCCCGGAUGUUGGUGAUGCUAGCGCCGAUGAUGACUUGGAUGACUUUAAUUACGCCGCCUGCGCAAGAGGUAUGACCAAGUUGAACCUAUUCCACGCCCGUGUCGAGCUCGCUCAGAUUCAAGGGCGUUACAACUGCGCAUUUUCCCUCCGGGCUCGCUACAUGAAUCCUGGUGAGAAGGCUCAGUUUGCUCAGGGCAUUAGGCUCUCCAUCCAGUAG